CCCCCCUCCCAUGGCAGUUUCAGGUGAAUGGGUCACGGAGGGAGGAGGCCGGCUGCGCCACACCUUGCCGCUGGUGCCCACCCCUGCCCCCUCCUUCCUCAGGCGACGGCGCUGGAGUUGAAGGACAGAGGUCUAGCACACGACCGAGCGGCCGGCCCGGGGCGCAGCAGGUUUGCUUAUCUUGGGAGCCUUGAAGUCUUACUCAUCAUAAAGAUCAGGUGACCAGUGACGUCAGCCAUGUCUGUGAGGCCCUUUGAAAGUCCACCUCCUUACCGACCUGAUGAGUUCAAACCCAAUCAUUAUGCACCAAGCAAUGACGUGUAUGGUGGAGAAAUGCACGUUCGGCCAAUGCUGUCUCAGCCGGCAUACUCCUUUUACCCAGAAGAUGAAAUUCUUCACUUCUACAAAUGGACCUCGCCUCCGGGAGUGAUUCGGAUCCUGUCUAUGCUCAUUAUUGUCAUGUGCAUUGCCAUAUUUGCCUGUGUGGCUUCCACACUUGCUUGGGACAGAGCCUAUGGAACCGGUAUCUUUGGAGGUAGCCUAGGCUACCCUUAUGCAGGAAGUGGCUUUGGUAGCUUUGGAAGUAGCUAUGGCUAUGGUUAUGGCUAUGGUUAUGGCUAUGGAGGGUAUACAGAUCCAAGAGCAGCAAAAGGUUUCCUGUUGGCCAUGGCAGCCUUUUGCUUCAUCGCCUCCUUGGUAAUAUUUGUUACCAGUGUUAUAAGAUCUGGAAUGUCCAGAACAAGAAGAUACUACUUGAUUGUGAUCAUAGUCAGCGCUAUUCUGGGCAUCCUGGUGUUUAUUGCUACAAUCGUGUAUAUAAUGGGAGUCAACCCAACUGCCCAGGCUUCUGGGUCUAUGUACGGUUCCCAGAUCUAUGCCAUGUGCAAUCAGUUCUAUACUCCUGGAGCUACUGGACUCUACGUGGAUCAGUAUCUGUAUCACUACUGUGUGGUGGAUCCCCAGGAGGCUAUAGCCAUUGUCCUGGGAUUCAUGAUUAUCGUGGCCUUUGCUUUAAUCAUUUUUUUUGCCGUGAAAACCCGAAGAAAGAUGGACCGGUAUGACAAGUCCAAUAUUUUGUGGGAUAAGGAACAUACUUAUGAUGAACAGCCCCCCAAUGUUGAAGAGUGGGUUAAAAACGUGUCUGCAGGCACACAAGACAUGCCUCCCCCGCCAUCUGAGUAUGCAGAGAGAGUGGACAGUCCGAUGGCGUAUUCCUCUAAUGGCAAAGUGGAUGGCAAGCGAUCAUACCCGGAGUCUGUCUAUAAGUCGACACCCUUGGUACCUGAGGUGGCCCAGGAGCUUCCUCUGACUUCGCCCGUGGAUGACUUCAGGCAGCCUCGGUACAGCAGCAGUGGUAACCUAGAGACACCUUCGAAGAGGGCUCCCACAAAGGGAAGAGCAGGAAAGCUGAAGAGAGCAGAGCCAGACCACUAUGAAACAGACUACACCACAGGUGGCGAAUCCUGUGACGAGCUGGAGGAGGACUGGGUUAGGGAAUACCCACCUAUCACUUCCGAUCAACAAAGACAGCUCUACAAGAGAGAUUUUGACACAGGCCUACAGGAGUACAAGAGUUUACAAGCCGAACUCGACGAGGUCAGUAAAGAGCUCUCUCGUCUAGACAAAGAACUGGAUGACUACAGAGAAGAAAGUGAAGAGUACAUGGCUGCCGCUGAUGAAUAUAAUAGACUAAAGCAAGUUAAAAGAUCUGCAGAUUAUAAAAGUAAGAGGAAUUACUGCAAGCAGUUGAAGAGCAAAUUGUCGCACAUCAAGAGGAUGGUGGGGGACUAUGACAAACGGAAAACCUAGGCAGGUGCCGCUGUUGGAGAAAUGAAGCACAUCUGUCUGCCGAUGCCUCUGCAAUUCUCGCCAGAGGCUCCGUGACUCUGACUCUAAUCUGGGAAGUUAAGACUUUGUGACCAUGACAAAGUUUCCAUAGCUUUAAUACCAUCAGUUUCAUAUCAUCAGUAUUGGAACAUUUUGUUAUGACUUUUCAUAAUCUACUGGGCUGAACACUCCGAUUACAACAUUUAGACUUUCAACAUUGAUUCUUGUAAUUUAGAAUGAAAUGUUGUUUGAAGUUCUAAAUUUAAAGACAGGUCCUGGUGUGUACUGUGUUGUGAACAUUCACAUGCCAGACAAUGAUGUCUUAAUACCCAAGUGUGUUCCUCCAGGCAAAGGCCACCUUCUUAAUCAUCUCAAUAGUCACCUUCCCAACUGGUGGUUUUUUUCCUUUGUUUGUUUGUUUUUUUUGUUUUUCGAGAAAGGGUUUCUCUGUGGCUUUGGAGGCUGUCCUGGAACUAGCUCUUGUAGACCAGGCUGGUCUUGAACUCAGAGAUCCGCUUGCCUCUGCCUCCCGAGUGCUGGGAUUAAAGGCAUGCGCCACCAACUACCAGCUCUGGUGUUUUUCUUAUAUUGUCUUUAACGUAAGUGAUUGGGAUUAUUUUGGCUUCACAUUUUUCCUAAUACUUAAGAUCGUGUAAAAUUAACACAUGUGUGAAAUUUAAAAUUGUAAAUAUAUAUUGACUUUUGAAAGAUCAUUUUUAAAUCCAGGGCUAGAGUUUUGUGCAUUUGUAUCUUUGAUAGUUUAUAUGCUUUUUUUUUUUUUUGGUAACCCACUACAUCUUUUCACUGUAUCAGAGUAUCCAAUUACAUUUAUAAUUAUGACUUGAAUUGUAUUUCACAGGAAUGUUCAAGUUCUGUACAUAUUUUGUAAUGCAUUAAACCUAGUGUUCUCGUGUGAUUGUUUGAUGUCGUUAGUGUUAUAGUCAGCUGUGCAAAACUAUACUCACGCGUUUCCUUUGUGUGAACCAUCUUGGCCUAUACUCAUGCGUUUCCUUUGUGUGAACCAUCUUGGCUUCUGUGCUACUUAGUAGUUCCUCAUCCUUGGGCAGUGAAAAACUAAUCUGGAAAUGGACUAAUGUUCAUUGAACAGCCCUGUCUAUAAAUCUCAUGGUGUUCUUUAAAAAUUAAAGCUCUUGUUAGUGGCAUGACGUUAAUUGAUAAUAGUGUAUAAACCAAAUUGAUUGUGUACAUCCAGCCCAGUUUGGCCUAUUAUUUUAAAAAAAUGUUUUAUAUACCUUCUAGGCAUUGAAACAUGUGUUUUAUGUAUACAACUUUGAAUUAUUUUCCAAGAUAAACUUUUAAAUAAUGUUUUUGUGCAAUCCUGGUUGAAGAGAAAUUUUUCUUUCUGUAUGCUAAACAUAAUACAAAAAGUAUUCUCAUAGCUUUGGGAUGACACCUAAGUAGAAAGGGCUGCAGGGCCAACUUCCCUGACUUAAUGGUAACUAACUCUUUGUUCUUGGCAUUGUUUUGUUUUGGACAGAUUUCUCCAGGUAGCUCAAGCUGGCCUUGAACUAAUGAUUAGUUCAACUAGGCUUCAGCUCUUCAGGCCUCUGGCUUCCACCUCCCAGGUGGUGGGAUUACAGUCAUCCUCCAUGUCUGACUCAUACUUAGUUUAUGAAGCCAGCUUGGUGUCCUCACAAAGAAACCUGUUUUGUUGAAUGAAGAAAAUGAAGUGACAGGAAUUAUAAAAGUGUGCCAUGGAAUUAGAAGGUGGACUAAGAGAAAGGAUUCUUUCACAGUGUGGUGCUGCCACCUCAGGCCUGAUGCCGGUAACAGGAUGUGUCUGUUGGUGCUGGUGUUAAAUAGCUGGAUCUCACCUAGAAUCUGCUUUUAGGCAGUUUCAUAACAAAUAAUAGGUUUAGAUUAAACUUCGGAGGUUCCUUAUACAUGCUGACCCCUGGUUCUGAUAUCUGCUUUCUGCUAAUAAACUGUUCUGGGGGAUAGUUUGUGAAAACGUAACCCUUCUUACAGAAGUUUCCUGGAAAAGGUGAUGCCUUAUGUGUGUGAUUUUAUUUUAAAAUUAAAAGUAUGUAGAAGAAAUGUUUUCUAUUUGAAAAAUUGGUAUAGACGUACAUGAACCCAACACCCAGAAAGAAGAGGUAAUACUGUUUUGUUUGUUUGUUGGUUUGUUUCUGAGACAGAGCUUCUCUGUGUAACAGCCCUGGCUGUCCUGGAACUCGACUUGCAUACCAGACUGGCCUAGAACUCAGAGCAGAGAUCCACCUGCCUCUGCCUCUGGAGUAUUGGGAUUAAAGGUAUGUGCCACCACUGGCUAGCAAUAAUGUUUUGUUACAUGUACUUUAUAUUUUUGAAAUAAAGUCUAGUAUUUACAAUAAA